UCAAAACACCUGGAAUUGAGAAAACAAUAGUGUCAGGUAAACUUCUCAUCAGUCAAAUGAUAAGUUGAACACUUCCCCUAAUGAUUUUUGUUGUUACACAUCAUCAAAAUAUUUUUAAUUAUUUUGAACUUACCAUUCAAGUCUCAAGGGCCAUUCAAAAUAAUUUAAGGUUACAUUCUAUUGAAUGAUCCUUUAUUGUUUUAUCAAUAUUCCUUAAAAUUUACAAUUUAGUCCUUCUUUGCAUAUGCAUACGCUAGGUUGAUAUGAAAGAAAUUGGUCCCUUUAGAUGAUAUCCAAUAUAGAUUUGAAGAGUAAUGGUAUUUUAAUAUUUGAAGAUAUACCUGCUGGAACUGAGGUGGGAAUUGACUACCAUUCAUGGCAUGUUGGACCGAGGUUUCGAGGUAUAGCUAAUAUACCACCUGGCUUUCAUUUUGUAUUCUUCAGUUCUGUAGAUAAGCAUGGUCAAAAAGCACCAAGAACUGGAUUUUUUGAGUUUCUUGACAAGGGUGAUGUUGUUGUAAAAAGGUUUGACAGAUUGAAUGAGGACAUAAAAGAUGAGAGUGUGCCAGAUGAGGAAAAGAAAAGAUAUUUGAAUGACAUUUCCGAGAUUGGUAAAUACCUGGCUCCAUACCCCACGGAGGAGUGCAAAAAGUGGUGCAAUUUGUGCGAUUGCAUCUCACCGUCCUUGCUGACGAGAAUUCAACCUGUUUGUAAAAAAAUCAAUUUUUUGACAGAAGUUUCUCUAAAAACAGCUGGUAAACAGAAGAGAAGCAUUGCAAAGUUGGAUAGUAGAUUGAUAUACAACGAGGACACGAAUGUUUUGAUCAAAUUCACAGAAAUUCCAACCGAGCUUCCAGCCGACAUAUCUCCACAAGAUAGAACUAAACAUUGUCUUGACUCCAGUUUUUUUCUUCAAAAGUUAAUUGAAAGUUGUCCUGGAGGUGAAAAUGAUGUUAUUGGUGAGAUGCAGUUUGCGUUCAUAUGCUUUCUUAUUGGACAAGUGUACGAUGCUUUUGAACACUGGAAGUUGCUAGUAACACUGAUAACAAACUCUCAAAAUAUAAUUUCUUCGAAGAACGAUUUUUACAUGAAGUUUCUUAAUGUAAUUGAGCUACAUAUGGACGAAUGUCCGGAUGAUUUUUUCAUCGAUAUUGUUGCUCAGAACAAUUUUCUGGUGAAAACAUUCCAGGCGUUUUUUCAAAGCUUCAACUCUCCAGAUGACAACAGUGGCGAGCUACUAAAAGGACUUUCAUUACUAAAGCAUAAACUAACAACACGUUUCGAGUGGGAUUUUGACGAAGAGGACGAGGACGAUCUUCCUGUAGUUGUCGAGUUAUAACAGACGCUGUUCCUGUGUCUUCUGGUUUAUGAGGACAUCUGAAUGGCUUUUCAUUGCUGACGGGGAUUGAAUUCUAUUUUGCCAGAUUAAAACAUGCUUAGAAUAAGAGAGACAAUAUUGUUUUUUUAAAUCGAGAUUUUAUAGUAUUGGAAAGAAAUACAACGAACCCUAAAUUUUCUC